AUGAGGGAGGACCUGGAGCCCCAGGCAACGAGCAGCCCGGAGACUGCAAUUGGGCAGGACGUGGAGAAGGACGCUGCCAUUCACGACACCACCCAGCUUCCCAAGGGUGACGAUGUUUCCAGUUCCAGCACUGCAAGCUUGCUGCGGCGGCUGACUUCCUGGGGCGUCGAGGUGCGUGGGAUCGCGCCAGUGCCUGAAAAGGACCAGACCAAGACCCAAUACCAUAAUGUCUUCUUCCUGUGGUUGAGCAUGCUGGUCAACCUGCUUCCCAUCAUAACGGGCAUGCUCGGCACAUUGGGAUACGGCCUCAGUCUACGAGACACUUCUCUCACCAUCAUAUUCUUCAGCCUUCUGUGCUACAUCCCCACGGCCUACGUGAACAUCCUGGGCCCGCAGACCGGGAUGCGCCAAAUGGUCUCAGCACGUUAUUCCUUUGGUUUCUUUCCCGUCACUAUCGUCGUUGCCUUGAACAUGAUGACCGUAGUCGGCUUCACCGUUAUUGCCGGAAUAGUCGCGGGCCAAACCCUUUCUGCCGUUUCUGACGGAAGAAUCUCAGUCGCCUUAGGAAUUGUCCUGACUUUCGUCGUAGGCCUGUUCAUGUCCUUCUGCGGAUACAAGGUCAUCCAUAUCUACAACCGGUGGUCAUGGCUCGGUGUCCUUAUCUGCUUCAUCAUCAUGACUGGCUGUGGAGGAAAGCACCUUUCCGAGCAGGUCGAGGCUGAGCCGGCUGACGCGCCGUUGAUUCUGAGCUUUGGAUGCUUGAUCGCUGGUUUCUCCAUUGCCUUCGCGGGAAUCAUGUCUGAUUAUUCCGUUUACUACAAAUCUACUGCCCCAGUCACUCGCAUGUUCUUCUACCCCUAUCUAGCGCAGAACUUGUCCACCAUCCUGCUCAUGAUCCUUGGAGCCGCAAUCGGCGGCGCGGUCCCGAACGUACCGGCGUGGAACGAAGGCCACACGCGCUUCUCGACGGGCGGCGUCCUCGAAGCCAUGCUGCGGCCGGCCGGCGGCUUCGGCAAGUUCAUCGCCGUGCUGCUCGCCUUCUCGCUCACCGGCAACGUCAGCGCCUCCAUGUACACCGUCACCCUGAACUGGCAGCUGCUCGUGCCCUGGUUCGUCCGCAUCCCGCGCAUCGUCUUCUCCGUCGUCACCACCGCCGUCAUGAUCCCCGUCGCUAUCACCGCCGCCACCGAUUUCUUCGACUCGUUGGAGAAUUUCUUGGGCAUCGUUUCGUACUGGCCUGCUGCUUUUGCUGCCAUCGUCAUUGUUGAGCACCUCUACUUCCGUAAGGGUGAUUCGUCCACGUACGAUAGGGACAUCUGGAACAACGCCGGAAAACUCCCGAGCGGCAUCGCGGCAAUCACGGCUGGUGUCGCAUCUUUCGGACUCGUCGUCCCGUGCAUGGCUGCGACCUGGUACACGGGUCCCAUUGCGGAACAUACGGGCGACAUUGGCUUCGAGGUUGCGUUUGCCCUGGCUGGGUUGCUCUAUGUGCCGUUGAGAACGCUUGAGAUCAAACUGCAAGGACGCUUGUAG